AUAGCAACCAACAAAUUCAUUCAUUUUCAGUCACAAGAGAACAAGAUGAAGAGAAGUGGAAUCUGUGUGUCUUGUUUUGCAUUUUACAUUAUCAUCCUUCUUCUUGCUUCUAUUCAUUUCCCACUAUCCCAAUCCCAAUCCUCUGAUUUGAUAGACCAAAUAUGCAAAAAGACACCCUUCUAUGAUCUCUGCAUCUCAACCUUACAUUCAAGCCCUCUUAGCCCAAAAACUGAUCUCAAGGGGUUAGCACUUUUAAUGGUGAAUCAAAUUGUGGCAAAUGCUUCUGACACACUGAGUUACAUUGAGGGGAUGAUCAAGAAUACCAAAGAUCCCAACAUGGAGCAAGCCUUGGCUUUUUGUGCUGAGCUUUACAUCCCAGUUGUGAAAUACAUUCUCCCACAAGCAGCUGAUGCAAUAAGCCAUAACCGUUUUGUUUUUGCUAGUUACUCUGUUUCUGAAGCUAUGAAUGAAUUGUUUUCUUGUGACAAGAAAUUCUUAUCAGGCUCUGCUCAGUCACCUUUAGGGGAUAGAACCAGCAUUGUGCAGAAGCUGGUGGAGGUGGGUGAAGCCAUAAUCAAACUACUACUAUCCCAUUACUAGUUGAUUUCAGUUAAAUAGUUAGUUCAAGCUGGUACUCUUGCUGAAUAGACAUUUUAGAUGGUUGAUUUUGUAAAACCUGUUCAAAAAUCGGGGUAUGGUAAAAAAAAAUUAUAAAUGGUAGAGCAGCUAGCUAGCUUUUGGAUUGA